AUGCGGUUUUGCGGAUCAGUUAUUGCCUUUUACGCAAACCUCAGCAAGCCUAAACAUAUUCGCUUUAUCGCGGCUUUAUACGCAAGCGCAGCCUUGGCUUCCCGGCAUGGCUCGAGCCCUUACUCCUUUCGCGCGACAGCGGAGCGAGUCGGCUCUGCGCCUGAUGGGCGUGCGACAUAUCGCUACAGUGGCCCUUCCGCAACGGGGUCGUUGAGCGGCACAGGAAAACCGCUCUGCAACACGCUUGGCUCCAGCGGGCUACCGCCGGUCGCAUAUAAGUCAUACCUUACUGAGUACGUGGAUGAGUACCGAGAACCUGUGGCGCAUUUGGAUACUUUAAAAACUCUGACGCAAAAGUUCAACACCACGGGCGGGACGAACGUCACCAAACGUAGCACUCGCUCAGAUGGACUGCCAAAGUACGAGAGCAGGGUCAUUGCCUUCUAAGCGAUCGGCGACUGCCUCUACCCCGCUGGCGUACGGGAUUAACGAAUGGUCAGGGCCUUGAAGUAGGUGCCGCCCGUAGACUGAGCGAGGGAGAAGAGGCCGACACACGGCGGGGGAGGUGACUCAGACACGUGCACCGCAGCCGGCAUCGUGGCAUUUAACACCUUGUCGUCGAGUCAAUGGAUGCACGUUAGUUUCGGGACAAGCUACUGCUCUCUUGGUGCGCCACCAGCGCGGAAUCCUGAAGUUGGUGUGGUGGUCCGGUCUUUGAGGUCCGGCCCAUUUGCAUGGUUAGUGCAUGUUUAGUUCAGCUCAUGCAGAACUUUCACGGCCAUGGAACUUCUAGGGCUUCUAGGUAGUCUGGCAUAUGUGCGGGAAUAUGGCAACAUUAGCCUUAUUUGGCUAUACUUGGCUAUAGUCGAGGAUUUGGACGAGCGCACCGCCGAGAGGGUUUCGAGCGGGAUGCGGUUUGGGAGACCCAGCGGCAUAGCGGAGUGGUUCCUCGAGGUAUCCGUGCCGAAAUGCGUUGCGUCUUUUCCCCUGUCACGUGACCCACCUUGGUUUGCCUGGGGAGUUUGUUAGUGGUGGAAAGCGGUGGCGCCAGGCAAAAAUGUGGAUCCUUGCGAAUUUUGUGUGUGCUUUUGGGGGGCACUGCAAAGUGUUGCGAUAAAGCAAGUUGGGAAUCGUGAAGCCGUCCGUCCGCCUCGUGAAAGCUAAGUGCCUGUUCGUGCAUGCCAAGGAUGCGCUAGCGACAUAUGGAUAUAAAACUGUAGCUUUCUCCCGGAUUGUCCAAACCUUAAUUAAUUGGUGCUAUCGUGUCACGAGCACUUGUAGCUCCACUGCAAGCUGUGGCCGUUCAACAACAAACACUGUGUUGGGGAGGUCCACAAGGCGCAUCAGGAACAUGUUUAGUACUCAUGAACUUAUGCACUUCAGAGGGGCAUCGUAUUGGAUUAUGUACAUUAACAUAUUUGUACUGUGUUUGCAAAAGCACGGUUUUUAUGUCUGUAGUGUGGGUAGAGACAGCUACAGGGCCAAGUACCGCACAUAGAAGUGUGCGCUUUCGGGGGUUGACAUGUUUUUUUGUAGUUAGUUACGAGAUCCUGAUUCGUGAGCCCGUACAGGUCCGUAUUUUUUAUGUUAUGUGUUAGGAGACGACAUGCGGGUGCGCGAAACGGAGCCGCUGAAUGGUAUGAUUUAUGUUGUACGACGUGGAUGUGGCGGUAAGGGGAAACCCGCUGCGCUGGAAUCAGCAGCCAUGAAGCGGUCACGAGCACUACUUGGCACUUGCUAGGGUUGUACGUCGAAAACCCAUUUGAGGUAUUCUGGGAGGUUUUCACUGACUGCCUGCGGGCAGAUGUAACUUUCAGUCAGGG